AUGGGAGGCUCAUUACCAAAGACCAUUCCACCACUUGCCUUGGUUCCCUUUGCCAUGAUACAAGCCCACGUCUUUUGGUUUUGCUCUGUAGUCUGGCUACUCUACAACAACUUUUCUUCUUCAUCUUCCAAUACUACUCUCAUGAUCGAACCUGCUUACAACAAACCCAAACCCAAAAAUAAAGACACCCUACCUUUACAAAGAACAAUAAAAAUCCUUGAAGAUAAAAGCAAUAAUACUAUUCAUAAAAAACAAAGACCCCGUUCGUUUUCCGAACCACCUUGUAACCAAAUACCAAUCACUCCCCUAAGACCCAAACGAAUCCAAUUCAACACAAGUCUAAGCUCUCUUCCUGAAACAAAUGCAGACUCAGAUCCAGGACCUCGAAGACCAAGACAACGGCGACUCUUUCGUGUCUUUUCAACACACACCCAGUCACAAUCACACCUACAUCCACAAGAACAACAAUCUAUCAUACCAGAAAAUACAAUGUCUUCGGCAGUCGCCCUCAUGCGACCCAACAGACUUGACGAACGCAUCGGAAAAACAUGCCCGCCUCUCUGGUGGCAAAAGACACGUUUACAGAUUGACAUGAAAAAACAAUCUUUACCCACAGAGGUACCAGUAUUGGUACUGGCACCAGUUCACCUACACGAUAACCACGAGAAUGUGAUAGAGUCAGCCGCAGCUAGAAAGUCCACCGACUCUGCAAUCUCUGUCGAAUCAGGCGCUACUCUGAUAUCUUCAUCACCAUUUCCUCAACCUCAUUCUUCUCCUUCUCCUCUCCCUUCUCCUGCAAUCCUUAGUCGUAGUGCACGUACAGCCAGCAUGCUCCGUUCGAAAUUUACUCCAAAAUCACAUCAGCAGCAACAACAAAAUACUCUAUCCUACCAAUCUGCAGAUAAUGCGCAUCAUUUUGUGGAACCCACGCAAGUCACCAAGAAGCAUCGACGAGCAACGAUCCUGGGAAUCACCAGACGAUUUUCUCGCACCGCACCAAAAGCAGCAACAACAACAGAGGAGGACCCAGCUGAAACUGUUAGUGAUCGUGAUCAAAUUGACACCGCAGAAAGGUCUCCUAGGCGCAAGGUGUUUAGUCGGAUGUCCAGAUGGAAAAAGUCCAAGAGAUUAUCAUUUGAGCAAUAA